GGAGGAAGAGGAGCUGAAGAGGCUGCAGCGCUCACCAGCCUGAGUUAUCGUCUCUGCCUUCAGUCUGUGAGGAGCUGCAAAGUAAAGCCAUGGCUGUGAAUAAAUGCGUUAAAUACCUGCUCUUCUUCUUCAACUUCCUUUUCUGGGUCAGUGGCUGUAUCAUCUUGGGAGUCUCCAUUUACCUGAAAGUCACUAAAGAUGGAAACCAGAUCACAAAUGAAUCUCUUCCUGGCAUCGACCUGAUGAUCGCCAUCGGGGUGAUCAUCAUGAUGCUCGGCUUCCUGGGCUGCUGCGGCGCCAUCAGAGAAAGCCGCUGCCUGCUGCUGCUGUUCUUCAUCAGCCUCCUCGUCAUCUUCAUCCUCCUGUUGGCAGCAGGCAUCGUGGGAGCUGUAGAAGGGAAUAAGGUGAAGGACUGGAUGACGACACGUCUGGAAACGUUUCUCCCUCUGUCAGACCAGCCAGCAAGUGUGCAGCAAGACUUGGAGGACCUGCAGCGUGAACUCCAGUGUUGUGGGCUUUUGAAAGGAAAGUCUGAGUGGAAUACGGUUCCUGCUUCCUGUCGUUGUAACUCCACAGCAACAGUCCAGUGCCAGACCACAUACAAUGAGACGCCCUGCUUGGAGAAAAUCAUCGACUUGAUGAAGAACAACCUGCAGGUGGUGUUGGGAAUCGCCUUCGCCAUCGCCAUUCUUCUGAUUUUCGGCAUGGUCCUCUCCAUGAUGCUGUACUGCCAGAUUGGCAAGAAGGACGCCGUCUCCACCGCCUGAGUCUCCACCGCCUGAGUCUCCACCGCCUGAGUCUCCACCGCCUGAGUCUCCACCGCCUGAGUCUCCACCAGUCAGCGGUGGCCACAUCUAACCUCCGUCUAACCUCAAUAAUUUAUCCUGCGCUUGUUACUCGAAAGGAGCACACUAUUUCUCCUGGUAUAUUUGAGUUUAAAUAAAGUUGUCAAUGUUUGGAACAAAGAUGUGAUAUAUAGGAAGUAGUUUUCCAGCAUAUCAGAGUUCCUUUGACCUUGUUGAUGCUAUAAUAUUUAGCUAAAUGCGUUUAUGUAAUAAAGGUGGUGUUUUUAACAAGCAACAACAAUACUUGUCUAUAGUUAUGUUCACACUGAAGCAUCAAGGAACAAAAUUUGGACGAGUUGUCAGACACUGAAUCAUAUUUAAAGCCAUUAUGGCCAAAUAGCUUCCUUAUUAAUCAUAGCUUAGUCUUAGACCAUAAAUGUUGACUUUUAAUUAUUUUUUAUAAAUUAAAUGUCUUUUUAAAUUUUUUUUUAAAUGCAGCCUUUAUUUUUUUUUUUCUUUUAUUAAUGUCACAUUGGGCUUCCAUACACGUGUUUUUGCAUUGUCUUAUGUCAUUUAUGGAAAAUGUUACAAUUCUAUAAUUCAGGAAGUUUAAGCUGAAUCAUCUACAUUUUAGACAAUGAGAUAUAUUUCAGUACUGUCAUAAUAAAAUAAAACCUUUAAUUCACCAUCGCUGUCAAUUGUUAUAAAAUUCCUGCUUUUCUUUACAGCAAAACUUGAUGUUCCUUAAUGACCAAUUAGUGAUUUUUUUUAUUUCUUUUUCUUUUCUUUUUCUUUCAUUCAUUCUUUCUUUCUUUUUUGAAGCCUCUUUCUUUUUUUCUUAUCCAGGAAAAUAAAAUGUAGGAAUAAAUUUAAAUGUAUCCCAUAAUUGAGUAAAUACUAAGAACUGAUAAUUAUUAGCAUAUGCCUGUAAUUUUCCUUUUUGUUUUACAAUAGAAAGUCGGUCUGUGUUUAAAUAAAAACAAUUUAGAAAUC